AUGGCCGCAGCAGCAGCAGCAACAGCUGCAGCCAAUUUGGCCCUUUGGCUCGCACUCGAAAUUGAAGGAUGGCGAACACCACGAAUCGCAAGAGGGCGUCCGAUUGCUGCGACCAGAAGUGGGGUAUGGAAUCGCAUGACCGCUGCUGAGCGAACUGCAAUGGCGACGGAAAUCACAAACUUCCGAACCAGUCAAGGCAAUAUCGACAAUGUCCGAACGAACAACCCCAUACCACCAGUCCCAACCGACUUUGACGACCGAGGCGCAGCGCGGGCUUACUUGACUCCUCUGGCAAACAUUAGAGCCGCAUUGGCCGCUGCUCGGCAGGCCGCAGUCCAACUUCGAACCAUUCGACAGACCCAUGGUCUCUCAGGCACGACUGUUGCGUUGCUGCAAGGUUUUGAGGCCGCUUACUUGGCUGAAGAAAACCGGAUAACAGCUCUUACCGGGAAUUUCCAGCAAGCCGUGGUAGCAGAGGGUGCCCGUCGAGCAGCAGCAGGACUUCCGCCUCUAGCCAGUGACGACGGUGGUCACGCCGGUGGGGGCAGACUACCCCCUCCGCCGAAUAAUGUGUGGGUCGGAGGAUGGCCAUUGACACCAGGCGGUCAAGCUCGGCCUGUCGUCUACGUGAGACAGAAUCGUGUUGGCAGGAUCACAGACCGUGUCUGUGUCAAGGACACUCCGUGGCCGAUGGGGUAUCCGUCGGCUACCCACCCGAUCGCAAGGGAACACGUGCAGCGUUGGGAUCCCGAUUUCAUUCCUCCGACCAACAAUCACUAUGACAGAAAACCUGCAGAGAUCGGAGCUUUGGAAAACAUGCGUAACAUCGUUGGCAGCGACAGCAUCGUCCAGAUGCGAGGCUGGCAUAAGAUCUGGCACCAAAACCAGCUGCGAUGGUAUAGGACGUAUCAGGAGUGGUGUGGCUACGGAGAUAUAUACCAUCUUUCUCGAAAGUACCAGCCCUAUCUUACACGCAGCGGUAUUCCAUCUCCGCCCCCCGCUCAGCAAGACUGGCUACCUGAAGCCUUUGUGUGGAGCGUCUUUGAAAGUCUUGCGAGAGCUGGCCGGAUCAUGUCACGAGGAGCCGUGACUGGAGCUGGACCGGGCAAUUGGUCACAGGUUAUCCACGCUGACUUGAAGCCCAUGAACGUCUUCCUGGGCGAGAAUACCUCGGGCCUGCACAGCGGUUACCCACUGGCCAAGAUUGGCGAUUUUGGCUGCGCCAUGAUCGUUCCGCAUGAUGCCACCAGAGGGGCACCGCCUCAUGAAUAUUUACAUUGGGGGACUGAUUACUGUCAUGCUCCGGAACAACAAGCCCUCAACGCCAACGGCACCCACGACCUCUCCGAAAAAACCAACGUCUGGCAAGUCGGAAUCACCAUGUGGGCACUCCUCCACUCCGACUGGAGCGCCGGUCCCAAUAUAAUGAGUCAAGGUCCCUACAACCCCCCCGGUGGCCCACUUGUCCAUCCUCGCGCCCGCAACCCCAUGACAGCCACAUUCCCACUCGAAAUUCAAACCCACUAUUCCAUCCACCUCAUCUCGACCAUCUACCGCUGUCUCCGACACGACCACACGCAACGCUACACUUUCGAUGAGAUCCUGGCAAGAUGUCGCAACUCCCAAAUCGCUCUUCCGCAACAAUAUCGUUUGCGACAAUCGCCGCGCGACGAUGCGAGAUUUUUGAAUAAUGAUAAUGCGAUCAAACUUGAUGAGGACCGCUGGCCGUUGGGCGCGCCGUUGACGAGACAUUGGUAUCGGUUGAAUGAUCAGGCUGAACCUCCUGUGCCGGCGAGAGGUGCUGGGGGAGACGUUAGAGGUAUGGGUAUACUUCCGCCGCAUGGGACGGGUGUGCCGGGGUGAUGAUGAUGAUGAUGAUGAUGAGGGGCUUGUAAUGGAUGUUUAUUAAUGUUAUUGUGAUUAUUAAAUGUGUAGA